CACCGUCAGUGCGACUCUGGCAGUGGUGAGAGUAGGGUGUGUUGCCGUCCUCUCUAGACUCCUACGUCAGCUGUCGACACAUACCUCGUAGCUGGCUGGUUCCUAGCUCCGGAGGUGUAUCUGAAAGGCAGUAACUGAAAAAUUGACAAGAGGCCCUUUGACAGCCGCCCUACAAAGAAAGCGAACCCGUGACUUGUUUGGCCAGUCAAUACCUGAAUCAUCCCAGACCAAGCGCGGGCCUCACAAGGAAGGCGACAAGGGCGGCAGGCGAGGCAUCUAUCAAAGUAGAAGUCCUUGACAGCAGGUGGCGAGCAGGGGGCGACUCAUCCCGGCACAGGAGUACAAGCACGGGAAUACAGGCGCGGGGGGAAGGCAGCGAUGAGGUCGUCGCCGAUGGUGCCCAGAAGGAAGAGGCCACAGGCCUCGGCGGUUGUAGUGUUGAGGAAGUACAGGCGACUCAGGCGCCGCCGCCGCCGAUCCCUUCGUCAGGAAUAUCAGAAGCUUCGCUCCCUGCUGCCGGGUGCCCCAAGGUCACCUCAACUACGUCGCAAGGUCGGGGUGGUGGACGCAGCCUACCAGUACAUCUGUCAGCUACAGUCCGCACUACUCGCCAAGUUUUCUGCCAGAGGCGUUCCGGCUGACCUGGCAGGCGUGGUGGGCGGAAAGGUGUCUUCAGCGUCGGACGUGCGGGCCCUUGCUAUCCACCUCAUCCACUCCACCAACAUGGCGCCCUCGUUCAUGACCCUCCCGUCACCCCCCUGCGGCCUCCCUUCCUUCCGCACCACCUCCAGCACGUCUCCGGCACCAACGCCGUCGCUGUCCUCUCGGAUCUCCGCUACACAAUAUUUUAUAGGAAAAUCGGGCUUAAAAAAAUAAGCCUGGCGAAAGGAGACAUCGGCUGAAGGUUGGGGUUUCAAAAAAACGUGCGAGCAUGCAGCAAGGUUCUAUUUAGCUGCUCUUUAUCACCUAUGACUGGAAACUGAAAAAGAUGAAAAAUUUUAGAAAGUGUAAUGAAACGUGCCUCUGUCUUAUGACCCCUGUAAGCCCUGUAUGUGUAUGAAGGCAAGGACACCAGACUAGUAUAGAGGAGGGAGGCAUGAGCAUGAGCUGACCUGUUGAUACUACUUUGCACUUUUGUAAUAUCCUUGGGUCGGAUGUAUAUCAGAACUCAAUUUGACGAGGCCUCUGAACUUACUGUAUGUAUUGCGUUACUAGUGCACAUAUGAUAAGAAACAAAUGGUAGCAAGCUGUUUGCUACAGUGAUGCCUACAGGCCACUCUGGUCCAGCGGCCGCAAGUUUGACAAGAGACGUGGACGAAGGGAGUGACCGGCGGCAAGGUGGAGUGCGGCGCAGGACGGGUAGUGUGGCGACUGUGAUAUUAAUUUAGCUCUUUAGUGUUACCAGAUAAGCUUUAAUGUGUAAAUCAAUCUUGCAGGAACAUUUACAGCAACGACUGGUACCUAUAUGUGGUAAGCACGUGACUGAGUGCGACAGAAGGCAAAUAAAUUU